AUGUUCAGCCAGGCAGAAUAUGGUAUACAGAGAGAUGCAUGGGUCAGACAACAGCUGACAGUCAAGCAAGUGGCUUGCAUCACUAGCUUACAGCUAGAGGUAGCCAAAUCAGGGGAGGAGCAGGGCAGUGGGAAAUCUAGAAGCGAUAACAUUAAGGAUGCAGACAGGUCCACACUUAGCUCCAGGACCAGGGUUUUAAUCAAGCAGGAAAGGAGAAAGCAAAAGGAAUAUUUUGAAAAGAAAAGGUUAAAAUCAAGAAUGAAGUUACUGGGAGUUUUAUCCCCUGCCAAAAAUUCUGCUGUCAGUUUAGACCUUCUUAACCUGUAUAUAGUAAAUCAGAUAUCUUGCAAGAAGGAAAUGUCUGAAACUGUGAGAAAACCAAUCCAUGUGAACAUGAAUAGAGACAUAAAAUUGCCCCUGAGAAAGCAUGAUUUGGAACUUCCAAUGUCACCUAACUGUGUUCCGUCUAAACUCUGCCUUGAUGAUACAGAAAACAAUAUAUACUGUCAAAGACUAGGCAGCAAGGAAGAACUUGGUUCAGUUCAGUCAUCACAAGUUAUGGACUCAUGUAGUAUGUCCGAACCUCAGUUCAACAGAAUAGAAAACUGCAGAUUCUCUCCACCAUCUCUUUCAGCAGAAUUGUCUUCUGACAGUCGUAUUCCAAAACAAAAUUUCACUCCCCAAAUAACACCUAGUCCUUGGAACGUUGCAUAUGAAAAAAAGCAAAACGAGCAGCCCAGUAAUGUUAACUAUUCGAGAUCCUUGCUUCCCAAAUUAAAUGAAAGUCAAGAUGCUCCCAUUUCAUCAUAUAAAGCUGCACAGUUUGGAACAUUAUUUGAAAGAUUAAACAGUCCAGGAAAUGGGAAUUCCCUUACCAGAAGACCUGCUAUAAUUAUGGAUGAAGAUUACGGAAGCAUGAAUGAAAGAAGAGAGUCAGACUUCAUUAAAGAAAAACAAACAGUACAACCUUUUUGGGGAGAAAAUAGAAAAGCAGUUUUAAAUUGUCUUGAAGAUGCAAACCAGCCAAUCCCCAGCAGUCUGUCAGAGAAUUGUGACUCUUUUACUAGUCAAAAUAUGAUCAAUUUAUUAAACUUAGAUCAACAGAGGCUAAAGGAAAACAUUGACAAGUGUGGCUGUGACAGUAUUGGAGAUAUUUGUGCAAUUACUAGUUCUAGUAAAAACUAUUUCACUGAGAGAUGUGUUGGGAGCAUUUUUACAGUUCCAAAAUUGACUUAUAGUAAUUCUACUUUUAACAAAAUGAGUAAUCCUGAAAAUUGUCAGCCAAACCAGAGCUAUCAGAAAGAGUACAACAAUAAUGAAAGAAAGAAUUUUAGUGCAUCUUUUGAGACACAUUGUUACCCAGCCAGCUCUGAAAAAACAGGAAAAUAUGAAAAUAAUUACCAGAAGAAGAUACCACAGAAAAAAAUCCAGAAAUAUCCAGUGAAUAAUAUGGGUAAUAUCCCUUUGGAAGAAUUGCAUUCUAAGCAAUCAUGGGACAUUGGACUUGGAGAGAUUCUUAUGGAAGAAAGAGGAACAUGUUCUUUAAAAAGCAGCCCAACAUCUACUAAGAAAAUCUAUCUUGAUUCUUCACAGAGUAGUCAGUCUACCAGUUACUCUCCAAGGCAAACAGAUAGUUAUUUCAGUUCUAGUUCAGAGAUGCCAUCUGAAGAUGAAGAUCAAAUAUUGCAGCAAAGUGAAGAUUCAAAUAGAAGAAGAUUCAUUAAAACCAAAGAAACAAGUAAUAAUGUUUAUCUAAACACGAUGUCAAAACUUCCAGAUGAUAGGAGUAUUAAAAACAAUGCCAGCAUUCAUAAACAGAAUGAGAUUUUUCACCGGUUCUCAAUGAAAAAUAAUUCAGAUCAGUUUCCACAGUCGCAAUGUAACUCAGCAUACAUAUUGCAAAACAAAACCAAUAAUGACUGCAUUCUGCAGGCUGCAAAAUGUGAUGCAUGGGUACAAACAGAGAGUGAACAAGCAAUAAAAGAAAAAUUAGAUGCCGCCAUACAGUGUGAUAUAAUUUCAAAAUGUAAAUGUAGAAGUGAUGUGGCUUCUCUUUGUAAUACUGAAAGGUGCAGUGAAAAUAUUAAGGCAGACACCACUGGAGGGCAGGAAAUCCUUAAGAACAACUAA